UUUUUGUUAAUUAAGCUACUACGUUACUAGCUUUAACUAAUUUGUAUACGAUCCUCGCGUCGUGAGCUAGCUAGCUGUAGCUAGGUAGACACCACACCACAGCAUGCGCAACGAGAAAAAGGAGGCGGCGGAGGAGGAGGAGGAGGAGGAGAAGAAAUUCCGGUGGCUGGACGUGGUGCGAUACGCGGCGGCCGGGGUUGUGGCGUUGCUCGCCGUGGGGGUGCUGGUCGGGGCCAUCGUGGUGGUGCUCCGGCCGGACGCGCUGGUCAUGAAGGUCAUCCACGGCUCCAUGUUGGUAAACCUGCCGCCGCCGAGCUUGACGUUCACGUUCCAGCUGGAGGUCGACAACCCAAGCGGGCGCGACACCAUGAGCUUCACCGACAUGUCCGUCGCCGUCUUGGCCGUCUCCGUCUCCGGCGGCGGCGUGAUCAGCAUGGCUAACCUCUUCUACUUGCCCAACAUCACGGACUUGCAGCCGGGGAAGAUGAUGCAGGUGGUGACGACGCAGUGGACGACCAACCCGGAGGCGGAGGUCGGCGACUACUUCGUGAGGAGGCUAUCCCGUGGGGAAACCAUGGCCGUCACCCUGCGAGUCCAGGGCAUCCUCAUCACCAGGUUGGACACCCUCAACGGCGACGGGCCGGUCCACACCAGCAAGGCCAACGUCACCUACACUUGCUUCAACGUUAAACUCGGCGUCGACAAGUCCUUGAACUCCACCGACGACGUUUCUUGCAAUAGCAAGCAGUGGCGGAUCUAGAAAAAAAUAGUAGUGGGGGCUGAAUAAACUACAUCAGCAUAAAUCGAACCUUCAGUCCCCACAUCCUAUAGAUCUAUGGAAAAAAAAUUUAGUGGGGGCUUAGGGGGGUCUCCACUAUCCCGGGGGCGGUAGUGGGGUCUCGAGACCCCUCCGCCCCCAUUGUGAAUCCGCCCCUGCCAGCAAGUAGCUACGUACCUAUCACUUACUGUACUUACCUACGUACGCUAUAUACAUAUACUUAUAUAUCUGCAUAUAGAUACAUACAUAUGUAUGUAUGUAUGUAUGCGUGCCGCGCGUGUGUAGAUAUAUAUAUACAUACACACGUAAAAUAAACAAAAAAUAAUUAAUGAGCUACUCUCUAAGAAUUCAAUUUUGAGUUUGAAUCUGGCUA